CUCGUAAAAAAGAUAUUGGAUAUCGGAAGUUUGUUUGAAUCAGUCAUACAGUCAGUUGGCACUGAAGCUGUCAUCACCGGAUUUUCAAUUAGGUCAUCAUAACAUAAGUUUAACUUAUCGUGUGUGUAUUGAACUUACCUGUACCGAGCACUGAUUUCAUCCCAAAGCAUCACAGAACAACAGUACUUCACAUGUUUCUGUUGAUAUAACAGGAUAAAAUUUUAACUCCACAAAUUCCAAGCGUUUAAUUUAUUUUGAGUAUAUGUGAUAAUCAGGAGUCAAUCGUAGAAAAACUGCGUCAUGAAAUUAAAAACUGAGAAAAAAUAUCGCAGUUGCGAGCUCCCAUGAAAAAAUUAAAACCGUGUUACCCGAAUAAUUCCAACUGCCUAUUGAGUCAUCAAAAGAAGUACUCUUUCAAUGAGGAAUUUCAGCGACUGAGUUUACAAUCUACUUCAAACCAUAAUGGAAAUAGAAGCAGCAGCAGCAACAGCAGGAAGACGAAAUCCACUUCAGUGAAGAGUGUGUAUAAAUCAAAUCAGCCAUCCAGUCUGAAAUCAUGUCAAAAGAAAGUUGCCAAUAAUACAUCUCCAACAGAUAAACCUCUAACAAAUGAUAUUUCAGGUAUUCGAAUAGAGCAACUGCCAAAGCCAUUCAGCUACUCACAUCACAUCACUCUACCUUUUUCUGAGCGUGCAUUGGAGAAUAAUUGUAUAUCUACAAAUUCCUCUAUUAAUUUUCCGACUUCAGUCCAGUCUAAUCGCUGUACAUAUGAAAACUCCUGGUCAAACUUAUGGCGCAGUGGCCUUCCAGAACAAAAGUUGACUGUGUGGUUACCAAGGCGAUUUAAUGAUCAAGAUGAUGAACGGUCACAAUGGAAUUCGGACAAUGUAAAACUUCAUAAACAUAGCUUUCCUGAUUUAAACUUUGGAGAAUUAGAUAAUCGUUUCACUUGGAAAUCAAUUCAAAAGAGUUCACCCCAGAUAAAUGUUAACCGCAAUAGUUAUUGGACUCCCAAUGCAUACUACAAUGUUCAAAACCAUAAAAUCAUUACUACUUCUAACAAUAACAACAACAGCAAUAGUAGUAGUACUAGCACAAAUAAUUCUAAGCUGCUUAAUACUUUCCACAGAAAUGGAGAAGUUUUUAGCAACUGCUCCGAUAACUCGAAGAAAUUGACUAUAAUGGGGAAUUCCUAUCCUGUCACCAGACCUCCUGAUAUUAAAGAGAAAAUGUUGGCACAGUUGUCUCUUAUUCGAAAGGAGGAAAAUUGUACAACAUCUGUUGACUCUGGUAAGUAACACUGCAAAACACUAUCAAAAAGACUGAGACACCUUUUUCUCCUUACCAUUCAAAUAAGUAUAUCGACUAAAGGUCGAAUGAACAGUUAAGCUUUUUUGUAUUUAUUUCACUGUACCGAUACGACUGAGCUUGACAAUGUUUUGCUUUACUAAAACUAAUUUUGAUUCACUUUUAUUCCUCACUGAGUGUGUGAGUACAGUAGAACCUUGGCUUUACUAACUCUCUGUAAAAACACAAGUUUGUGUUAUUUCUUUUUUCCUGAGAUUCUGAAUAAACUUCAACUAGUAGUUAACUUUGAUUAAACAACUACAGAUAGUUUUGAAGUCAGUUUACUUAACACUUGAGGUCAAUUUUAGGAUUAUCAAUAUCCUGAAUUAUGUAUUUUAAGUUCAGUGUACGGAAGUGAGAUUAUGUUGAAUACAAAGUUAGUCAAAUUAUUCAUACGCGCAACCCUAAACAGCAUCUUAAAACUACGAUUCGUAAUACACAAACACACGGUACACAUAGUAUGCAUUUACAAAUUUUACGGCUUCUCUUAGGAACCCAAACAGUUACUGCAGUUGCUGUGAUCAAUUGUAUAGGAUUCAUCAUAAGUUGAUGUUAGCAAGCUCUAAGAUAAAGUGCUCACCAAUUGUACCUUUGUAACGCAUCAUUGUUGAAA